AUGAAUGCACCUUCGAAGCAGACGCUGCCUGCCGUUGUGGAGUGCGACAGUCCUGGCUGUCAGUGGCUGCAGCAAUACUUGCGAAGCAUACCCAGAAAAGUCGAACCUUGUCAAGAUUUCUACUCUCACGCGUGCGAUGGCGUCGACGUGGAUCUGAUGACACGAGGAGUUGUCAAGUUCAUGCAGGCGACCGGAGAUGUCAUCCUUAGGAGUGCUGCACACUACGAAGAAGGACUGCAUGCGUCGGUCUUUAAUAAUUGCAUGCAAGCCAGGGACAUAAUGCCACGUGAUCUGUGGCGGAUUAAAGAUGACGAGCCUUGUACGCUGGCAUCCAAAGUCCCCUGGUACGCAGCUCCGUUCCUGAAAGAGGGCGGCAACGUCUCUGAUGACCUCCUGUGGAUGUUGAUCCACUCUCUGAGUCCCGGGUUGCGGGAUGCCCUCAAUCGACCUCCCACAGAUCUCCCACGGCAGCUCCAUAUGGCUGGAACCGGAUGGAUGUACAGUGCGGCUCGCCGAGUUAAACACGUUGCACAGUGCCACGUGGGAGCAUCGGGCGAGGCUCAGUCUGGGGAGUUCUCCUACAGUGCCUUGUGGAUUCUAUUCUAUUUCACACCAUUUCUGGGUGAGGAGGUCUGCCUCCGCAUCCUGGAGGACAACUUCCGGACGGCAACUGAGAAGGCUGCCUCCGCGGUCCUUACGGAUAUGUUUGAUGAUCCCAGAGGUACCGUUGGCCACGUCGUGUGGGAGGUUAAGCAGGCAUCUAGAAACAUGAUGGCUACAUUGCUGGGACAGUCAGUUGUGCGCAGAGUAGACGGAUAA